GGUUUGGUUUGGUUUGGUUUGGUUGAUUCUUGUCUUGGAUGAUGUUUUGUUUGGCAACCGACGAAAAUUAUCUAUCUAGCCAACUACCGAUAGUCGAGUUUAUUCCGCCGCACCGAUCCUGUGCUCUCGCCAUCACCCGCGGUCUGGCGGUACGCAGCAACCAGCCUGCAUUUGCUUGUAGUAGUCCAGUCAUCCCUCCAUUCUUGGUGCUGGUGACGUUGAAGCACACUGUUGUCUAGGCUGUGUCCCUACCGGUAGCUAGCCGGCAGACGCUUCACACAAUUGCUCCCUUGCUUGCACCAGGUACUGCUGGUUCGUUGCUGUUGAUUCCUCUUUCCACUCUGGUAACCCAGGCGCUAGCAGGAAGCAUCGAGAAGGCUCCUUCACAAAGAUAUCAACAAAUAAUGUGCUCUAAUGUAAAUUGCUUGAGAGUUGUUGGCUAUUGCUUUGUCGCUAAGAGCACAUGGAUCCUACCAUACGGCACUCUUGCAGGAUACAUUGGAGCUGUGGUCUGGAGGCUGUCUACAUGGCCUAGGCAGAGGGCUCUUGCUCGUUCCAUGAGAGAUACACUUAUCUCAUGCUAUCCUACCUAUAUGUACAGGCCACUCAGUCCCAUCCAAAGAAGAUCUAAACCAGUACAACCAAGAUUGGCGUGGCCGAGCCGCAACGAAAAUGUGGGCGAUGGAGACCGGUCAACUGAGUCGCGGCAGAUUAGACAAUGAAACAUGCAAGAACUUCAACACUUUCUGAAAUACAUACUAUAAUAAGCGCAAGAGGGAUCAAACUCAUCUUGGGCACGACCAGCGUUUCACUUGGUGGAUAUGCUCACAAGUGAGCAUCGAAAGGCAAGAUACAAGAUGACCCUCUGUCCCAAACCAAGCUCAAAACUUUACAAACCCAUCAAAUUAUAAAACAGAACAACCAUGAAAUCCUCUCAAGGAAGAAACCUCAGCUUUCAUGAAUACUUUGACAUUGCCGCCGAGAUGAAGCGGACAUUGAUUGUCAAGGACCGAAAACACAAAUUUCGAAUGUACGGCCGAUGCUUUGUUGGUAAGGAAGCCGUAACCUUUCUAAAGAGCUACAUGGGCUUUGAGCAUCGACCCCAAGCCGUGCAAUUCGGCAUUGAGUUAAACCGAAGAGUACAGUGCUGGCAACCUGUGACAAGCGGGGGUGGCAGUAAGAAACAAGAGCUCAAGGAUGCCAAGAUUUUCUUUCGCUUCACGGAUUUUGAAUCUAAACGAGGCUCCUCGGCCGUAGCUACGUUAGAAGACAUUGCUCAAGCUUUUCGGCUAGGCAUGCCUGUGGCAGACAGGACCUAUCGGUUCAGGACAUACAAGAAGUGCUUCACGGGAAGGCAGGCCGUAGACUUUUUGAUCAAGAGAAAGUAUGUCACAACACGAUCUGCGGCGGUGGCAUUGGGACGAUGUCUUCAAUCAGAGUUUAAACUCUUCGAUCAUGUUCAUGGGCAACACGAGCUCAAGGAUGAGAACUUGUUUUACCGCAAGUUGGUCCCUGAAAUCGUUAACAGCCGUGUGUCCUUUCUGUUGGAUAACAGGGAAACAGAACGGUUGGUGGAAAUGUGGCUCUUGACAAUGGGGUCCGUGGCAUCUAGUCUAUACGUGUACCUCUUCCAGCCAGAAUCCACCGUCAUGUUCCUCGUGACAGCGCUGGGAGUGGCUACCACAUUGCAACGUUACUUGGCUGGCAUUCGAGUGGUUUCCACUCCCGAAGUAUGCAAAUCGCCAUCUUGCAAGAGCAUCUCCAACCUGAAAUUGUCUGUGAAGCACGACCGCGACCUUCCGGCUCUCAUGCGGGACAAUAGCGACACCUCAGCCACCUCGAGAGACAGUAUGGACUUGUACAACGGUGUCCGAAGUGGCCCAGCUGUUCGCAACAGUGUUGUGGAAAUGAAGGGAUGGGAGAUGGGCACCUCCAACUACUUUGAUGGAGACCUCUCUACUAGUGAAUUCGCAGACUAAAGCUGUAUGUUGAAACUCCUACACGCCCACCAGGAACCGCAAGAGGGGCAGCCAAAGACAACACAAACAUAGCGGCAUCAAUCAGGCCACAGGAUGCAAGUCCAAGACAAACUGCCCACAUAGGCGGGGAUAGAGUCGGCUAGGGAAGGAGUGUCCUUCGAGGAGGGCAUUCGAUCCAAAUGAACCCCCAGGAAACCACUGGCGAUAAACCACAAAAUGAGGUGCUGACUGCUACAAGACGCAAGUACACGACCUGCAAUGCUGGUACAGGUACAGGUAAUAUCAGAGUAUAGAACAAAGAGGCAAUCCAUAGCAAGCCACCGAAUCAUCAAAAGGUCUAAUAGAAUAGCUAGUUUUAGUUUAAUAAAAG